AUGGUAUUACUUGCAUAUGCUCAAGAUAAUGGUUGGUGGCAGAAAGAUAGUCAAAUGAGCAAAGAAGGUGGAGAUAUGGAUGGACAUUUAAGCGGAAAUUUUGUGCCAAAAGCGGUAAAUGAUGGAAACUGUGAUCAUUUGGAAAAAGGUACAUCAAACGAAUUCGAUAUGAUAGACAAGCGAAAGAAUAUUGCGUUAGAUGGAAUAAAAUCACCGACAGACAGAAGAAGAUCUGAAUACUUUGUUUGCAGAAAAUCAUUAGUUGGACAAAGGUUUCGUCAUACAGUCUUGAACAAACUAACUAACCUUGACCAACAUACGAGAAAAGGAACCAUGGAAAUGGAACAGAUGCAUGAGGGUUUGAGUAAUGAAGGGAAAAUAUUUUUCAAUGCUCAUACGUACACAAUACACUUUGGCGCAAAAGAAGUCAUUCUCCCUGUAAUUUUUCAAAGGGGACCAGUGUCUACAAGAGAUGAUGGCAAAAUAAUCAGGACAUCUUUAAAUCAGACUAAACGUGAAUCUGUUUCAGAACAGGACACUUCAAAACAAUCAGUGCAUCAAAAUUCCAAAGAAAAUGAAACAAAUAAUGCUAAGAAGUGUCAUUUAUCUUCACAGUCCUCUUCAACAGUAUUUUACGAAAUCAGAUCUGGAACUGCCAUCCCUGGAUUACAUUAUGUUCAUACUUCUGGAGGACAUAUUCCGUUUGGAAGGUUUGAAAACGAGAGAAGAAUUGUUAUACAAUUAAAUCCCAAUGUACCAAAAGAAUAUACACAUGAAAAGUUGGAUUUCUAUGUUGUUUUGAGUGUUGAAAUUCAUAAAAUAUUGAAGACAGUUCCAGAAGUAAAUAGCAGUUGUGCUACUGACUCGGUGAUAAAUCUAGGGAAUCCGUCUAUAGCUCGAGUUUUUCUGAUACCUGAAGGAGUGCAUAAAUAUUCUUGUUUAGCAUUCAUCACCACCUCAUCAGCUAAUAAUAUCCCCUUGUUUUCUUCAGAAAUAAAUCAUUUUGAAUUCCAGUCAAGUCAUUUUUAUCCAGACCCUGAAGCAUCUACUAUAACAGUUGUGAUCAUUAGGCAGGGAAACUGCGAAACAAAAGAAAAUAUUCAAGUUGUUACAAGGGCUGUCUCUCUAGUUCCUAGCGUUAAUGAAGAUGGAAUUGAAAUACCACUUACGAAAUUGGAGUAUGCUCUUCAUGGGAUAACCUUCUUCUGGAAACUUAUUUGUGCACUGCUUCCCCCAAGAAAGUAUCUAGGAGCCUAUCCAACAUUCAUAACGUCGUUGUUAUUAAUCGGACUUCAAACUGCAUUCAUUGAAGAACUCUCAAAUCUACUUGGUUGCACUGCUGGAAUGAAAACCGCUGUAACUGGUAUCAGCCUUGUAGCAUUGGGUACAUCAUUACCUGACGUAUUUGUUAGUCGAGCAGCUGCUAUAUACGAUAAGAAUGCAGACAACAGCAUUGGAAAUAUCACAGGACUGCAAAUAACUCUUAUGUAUGGAUUUCUCUCUGAAUAUCUGAAUUCGCAUUUGCUAAGGAUUCACCUUCAUUCACAUUACUUCCGAAUAUAUGAAGAACAGUCUACUGGAUGA